UUGCUUUCUAGGGGUCACUCUGGUUUCGGCUCUGUCGCUCUCUUUUCGUCACCGGGAGGAAGACGGAGCUGACUGCCCAGCCGAAAGGCCCAAUAGGGGAUGCAGUUAUGGGCGCUGUCGUUGUGGCAAUUGCAAUUCGUCUUUCCAGUUUUCCUUUGGAGUCUGGGCUUCUGCAGUCCUCAAACCAGAUUUGCUAGUCUGUCUUCACGACUGCAGACUUCUUCAUUCUUUGUCUUUUUCACCGGAGCUUGUUUGCUUAAUUCUUAUGUACCUACCUUUGCACCUUAUAAUCAUCCUUUAUGCCUCAGAUUGUUAUUUUGUCUUCGUAAGUAAUCCAUAAAGUGCCAACAUGGGAAAGAAACGGACAAAGGGAAAAACUGUUCCAACUGAUGAUUCUUCUGAAUCUUUAGAACCUAUGUGCAGGCACAUUAGAAAAGGAUUGGAACAAGGUAAUUUGAAAAAGGCUUUAGUGAACGUGGAAUGGAAUAUUUGUCAAGAUUGUAAGACAGACAAUAAAGUAAAAGAUAAAUCUGAAGAAGAAACGGAAGAAAACCCUUCAGUUUGGCUGUGUCUUAAAUGUGGCCAUCAGGGCUGCGGCCGAAAUUCUCAGGAGCAGCACGCCUUGAAGCACUAUCUGACGCCAAGAUCUGAACCUCAUUGUCUGGUUCUUAGUUUGGACAACUGGAGUGUAUGGUGUUACCUAUGUGAUGAUGAGGUCCAGUAUUGCACUUCAAACCGAUUGGGUCAGGUGGUUGAUUAUGUUAGAAAACAAGCUGGUAUUACAACUCCAAAAUCAGCAAAAGAUAAUGGUAAUAUUGAACUUGAAAAUAAAAAAUUAGAAAAGGAGAGUAAAAAUGAACAAGAGAGAGAAAAAAGGGAAAACAUGGCUAAAGAAAAUCCUUCCACGAAUUCUCCUUCCCAAAUAACUGUGAAAGGACUCAGUAAUUUGGGAAAUACAUGUUUCUUCAAUGCGGUUAUGCAGAAUUUGUCACAAACACCUGUGCUGAGAGAACUACUAAAAGAAGUAAAAAUGUCUGGAACAAUUGUAAAAAUUGAGCCACCUGAUUUGGCACUAACAGAACCCUUAGAAAUAAACCUUGAGCCUCCAGGCCCUCUUACUUUAGCCAUGAGCCAGUUUCUUAAUGAGAUGCAAGAGACCAAAAAGGGAAUUGUGACACCUAGAGAACUCUUUUCUCAGGUCUGUAAAAAAGCAGUGCGAUUUAAAGGCUAUCAGCAGCAAGACAGCCAGGAGCUGCUUCGAUAUUUAUUGGAUGGAAUGAGAGCGGAAGAACAUCAAAGAGUGAGUAAAGGAAUUCUUAAAGCAUUUGGUAGUUCUACUGAAAAAUUGGAUGAAGAACUAAAAAAUAAAGUUAAAGAUUAUGAAAAGAAAAAAUCAGUACCAAGUUUUGUGGACCGCAUCUUUGGUGGCGAACUAACUAGUACAAUCAUGUGUGAUGAAUGCAGAACUGUCUCCUUGGUUCAUGAAUCUUUCCUUGAUCUGUCUCUACCAGUUUUAGAUGAUCAGAGUGCUAAGAAAAGUAUAAAUGAUAAAAAUCUGAAAAAGACAAUGGAGGAUGAAGAUAAAGACAGUGAAGAAGAAAAAGAUAACGACAGUUACAUGAAAGAGAGAAAUGAUAUUCCUUCAGGAACAAGUAAGCACUUGCAGAAAAAAGCAAAGAAGCAAGCCAAAAAGCAAGCCAAGAACCAACGAAGGCAACAAAAAAUUCAAGGGAAAGUUCUUCAUUUGAAUGACAUCUGUACCAUUGACCAUCCUGAAGAUAAUGAAUGUGAAGUUGAAAUGUCACCUCAGGAAGAAGUGGAUAUGAAUACCAACCAUAUCUCACAAGAGGAGCUUGUACAUAAAGACUCUUACGUUAAUCAGAAAGAUUUGAAUGGCCAAGAAAAAAUGAUAGAAAUUUUAACUGACAAUCAAAAAUCCACAGAGGAAGUAGAUAUGAAAAAUACCAACAUGGAUAAUGAUCUGGGGGUUUUGGCAUCUUCUCCCGCUGAAUGUAGUAGGGAUUUAAAUGGUGCCCACCUGAAGGAAGGGAGCGAUGGAGAAGUGGACAUUUCCAGUAGUUUCAAAGACCUUAACUUGAAUGCUGCUCUCCAGCCUGAUGAAAUAAAUAUAGAGAUUCUGGAUGACAGUCAUACUCCUGGGACCAAGGUGUAUGAGGUCGUAAAUGAAGACCCAGAAACUGCUUUCUGUACUCUUGCAAACAGGGAGACUUUUAAUACUGAUGAGUGUUCCAUCCAACAUUGUUUAUAUCAGUUCACCCGAAAUGAGAAACUUCGAGAUGCAAAUAAACUACUUUGUGAAGUAUGUACCCGGAGACAGUGUAAUGGACCAAAGGCAAAUAUAAAAGGUGAAAGGAAACAUGUUUACACCAAUGCCAAAAAACAGAUGCUAAUUUCUCUUGCUCCUCCUGUUCUCACUCUUCAUUUAAAGAGAUUUCAGCAGGCUGGUUUUAACCUACGCAAAGUUAACAAACACAUAAAAUUUCCGGAAAUCUUAGAUCUGGCUCCUUUUUGCACCCUUAAAUGUAAGAACGUUGCUGAAGAAAAUACAAAGGUACUGUAUUCCUUAUAUGGAGUCGUUGAACACAGUGGUACCAUGAGGUCAGGACAUUAUACUGCCUACGCCAAGGCACGAACUGCAAAUAGUCAUCUCUCUAAUCUUGUUCUCCAUGGUGAUAUUCCACAAGAUUUUGAAAUGCAAUCAACCAAAGGGCAGUGGUUUCACAUCAGUGAUACACAUGUGCAAGCUGUGCCUACAACUAAAGUACUAAACUCACAAGCGUACCUCCUAUUUUAUGAGAGAGUACUCUAACAGUUUCAGAAAGCGCUUUCUCUGGAAACAUGUUUAUGGCUUUUAUAAUGGCUGUAAUAAUAAUAAAGUAAAGACUAACUGUAAA